AUGUCUAGGCCGGCAACCCCGGGAGGGUUCAACCUCAGACGGGCGCCCAUAACAUCGGGCAGCGCCACCGCCUCCCGUGCCAACACCCCCAUCCAACCAAGGCAGGUCGUCUCCCUCGAGGAAUGGGAGUCCAAGUCGCCUCUCUCCGACGAGCAGGUCCAGAGCAUUGCAGUGGUCAAGGAGCGCUUUGGCGAGCGUCCACUUCCUGAAAAGUUUACCGAUGCCGAGUCAUCCGCCCAGGCCCAAGGCUCGCGUCCCACCACACCCAUCCGAAUGCGCUUCCCCAACGUCCACUCGCGUACAGGUUCGGCAAGCGGCAUGCCCAGCGUCCCAGGAUCUCCUCAGCCCGGCUUGUCGGGUCUCAGCCGCCCCGACCCUCUGCACCCCACGAGCAUUGUGACGCCGCAGCAGUUCCACGACCACUUUGCCGCUUUGGCGCUCUCGGCUGAACACGAGCAGGACAGCCUGUAUCGCGAGCACUUGGCCGAGAUCUCGGGCUUGCGCGAGAAGUGUGAUGGCCUCAUUGAGCUGCUCGAACAGGGUGAGGGCGAGGUUGGCGAGAUGCUCAAGGCACUCGAGUAUGUCGAGGAGAGGAGUGAGAGCUUGCGAGGCGCCUGCGAGGAUCUCUUGGAAGAACAGACUUCUUACCGAUGGUUCGACGCCUGGACGAGUGUAUCAGCUAUCUGGGAGAACAUGGAUGCUGAGCUGUACCGUCUUCGCUACCAGCAGUGCAUGACCCGUAGUAUGACCCUGAUUCGUCUGCACUUUGUGGCCACAGUCAAGGCGCUCGCCGUCGAGGUCGGCAGGAGACUGGCGGAUAAGUCAUUGUCUGAAAUGACCACCCGUGGUCUGCUGUACAACCGCUUCUCGUCGCUCUCUGCCUCCUUGCGGCCGCUUCUUGCCGAGCUGGAGCAGCGCAUCCCGUCGAACAAGGACGAGCUGCCCCAGAUUCUUAUGGAUUGCCACAUCGCCUGGGUCACAUCCCGUCAGGCUCUUAUGGGUCCCCGUGUUGCCGAGGAGAUUGCUCGUCUUAACCCCAGCCGGGGUGACCUCGUCGACCUCACGCGUGCCGGGUGCAGCUACCUCAAGCAGACGUGCUUGGACGAGUUCAACCUGUUCAAGCAAUUCUUCCUCUCGGGCGAGACCCAACUGUACGGCUUCCUUGAGAGCCUCUGCGACCACUUGUAUGACCAUAUCCGCCCACGGAUCCUGCACGAACCGUCUCUCACCGUCUUGCAAGAGGUGUGCACUGUCCUCCAGGCGCUCAUGGUGCAUGAAAUCUCAGACGACGACGACCCCGACGAGGCCCUCGUGUUCUCGCCCGAGUCGACACUCAGCGUGUCACCCUUUGGCGACCGCAACGACUAUUUCUUUUCUGGUGGCAACUCGCCGCUGCUGCGUCCUGGAAGCGCAACAUCGUCAAUGUACCGCCAAAACUCAAACGCAUCUGGCGUUGGCAGGAGACAGCGCGGACGCAAGCCGCUCUCGCGCCUCCAUACCGAGCUCCUUCUCAAGAUGGUGCUCCAGGACGCGCAGACGCGUCUCGUCUUCCGUGCACAGGCCCUCAUCCAGGCCGACGUUCAGUACUAUGCCCCGAGGCCCGGAGACCUCGACUAUCCCGAGAAGCUCAACGAAGGAGCGGCCGGUCAACCCCUUGUCAAGCGCGGCGCUACCAUCUCGCUGGACUACGAGGAUGACGAGCCUGCGCUCCUUACCCUCCCGCCCCUCGACUCCCAAGAGACGUGGUACCCCACACUUCGCGUCACCCUCUGGGUCCUCUCGUGUCUGUACACGUACAUUGACAACACGGUCUUUGCCGACCUGGCACAAGAGGCCGUGCUCACGUGUCGCCGGUCGCUGUCGUCAGCCUCGGGCCUCAUUGGCGCAAACAAGGAAAAGCAGGCCGACGCCAAGCUCUUCCUCGUCCGCCACCUGCUCAUUCUCAAGGAGACGACUGCCGGACUGGACUUUGGGCGCGCGAGCAAGCACCGCGACUGGGCGGGCGUCACCGAUUUCCUCCGCUCUCUCCUCGAGAACGCGACCUUGCUCCUCGGAUACGGCCGUGGCGGCGCGGCGCGUGACCUUGCACCAGACGCCAAGGCCGACCUCGACCGCGAGCUCAAGGACGCGUGCGAGGACCUCAUCGCGCAAUGUACCUCCAAGGCCACGCAGCCUCUGCGUGCCUUCCUCGACCGGUGCAGCGCGCACCUCUCGAGCCGCGCCAGUGGUGGCGGCGGCGGCGAUCUGCCGGCGCAGGAAUGGGCCAGCCCGCAGGCUGUCGCUGCCGUCCACGACGAGUUCCGCCAGACGGCCGAACACGCCGUCCAGAAGUGGAAGCGCGAGCUCAUGCUGUACCUCCAGGACGAGGAGACGGUGCGCGUGCUCAUCCCCCCAGCGCAGGCGGCUAUUGUGGACGUGUACCGCCAGUUCCACGACAUGGUUCGCGCCGAGUAUGACUUCAGCACGGCCGCGGCGCUGAGUACCCCGAGCGCGGUGGCCGGGCAGCUCGCAGAGGCCAGGUACACAGGAAGGGCAUAG